AUGUCUGUCGCACAUGGAAUUCGCAAAGUCGCAGUGUUGGGCGCGGGCCAGAUGGGUCUUGGUAUCGCAUUUGUAUCCGCGGUGCAUGCGCGUGUACCAGUCUUGCUAUAUGACCGUUCGAACGCGCAAAUACAGAGUGGUAUGAAGCUUAUGGACAAGAUUUUGGAGAAGGACGUUGCUAAAGGCAAGAUCACCUCUGAGCACGCCAAGGAGGCCCGCGACCUUGUUUCAAUUGUUGAUGCUGAGCAGGGAAUCAGAGGCAUAAGAGAUGUUGACAUGGUCAUCGAGGCUGUUUCGGAAAAUCUAGCUCUUAAACAGUCACUCUUCCGAAGUCUUGCUGAGGAAUUAUCGCCUGGCGCCAUUCUGGCUUCUAACACAUCAUCAAUCAGUGUCACCAAGAUCGCAGCUGCUACAAUUCCAGAGGGAAAAUCAGCUGCGGAUGAGCAAGCAUUGAAGAACGCUUCCCGGGUGGUUGGUCUCCACUUCUUCAAUCCUGUGCCAGUAAUGAAACUCGUUGAGCUCAUUUCGGCGCUCCAAACUUCGAAAGACACCCUUGAUCGCUCCCGUGCAUUUGCUGUUGCAUGUGGAAAAGAGGUAACGACAGCACAGGAUGUGCCAGGAUUCGUGUCUAACGCGCUUCUCAUGCCUUUUAUCAACGAGGUGCGUGUAUAUGUUGUCAGAAUUGAUGAUCUGCUCCUCACGGUCAUCAUCAUAUGCCGCUGCAUGGGCAUUGGGCACGCUUUUGACACUGGGCAGGCCAUCAUGAGCUUAGAAAGGGGGGUUGCAACGCGAGAUGAUAUUGACAAAACGCUGAAACUCGGCAUGAAUCAUCCAAUGGGCCCGCUGCAAUUAGCGUUGGAGACCAGUACCGCGGAUGCCAGCAUUAUGUCAAGGUAUACGAAACCGGAGUCAAGAGAGAUUGUGGUUCCCAUCAUUGUGCUCUUAGCAGCGCACACAAGCACACGGCCAGAAAUUGUGGCUGCCCUAAAGCAUAUUCAGAAUAUCAAAAGGUGCAAAACCUCAUUCGCGGCAAGUGCAAAUCAUGUGAAACAUGGGCUUGGAAUCAACUCGAACGAGAAUCAGGGCGAACAUACUAGCGCGUCAUUGCAGUUCUACGCCGUUCUGAGGUUUGAGGUCGAGGUUCCCUGGGUGGCGCUGCCUUAG